CACGAACGACGAUCCUCUCCGUCCCGUCCCCAAGCAAAAAGCUAGACGUAGAACACGAAUAGAUAAAGAAUGACGCAGCAGUCGAUGGUGGCGCUGGUCGCCGCCGGCGUCCUCCUCCUCGCCGGCGUGGCGUCGGCGGAGAAGGCGGGCGGGUUCGUGGUGACGGGUCGCGUGUACUGCGACCCCUGCCGCGCCGGGUUCGAGACGAACGUGUCCAAGAGCGUGGCGGGCGCGACGGUGGAGGUGGUGUGCCGGCACUUCGAGGCGAGCAAGGAGACGCUCAAGGCGGAGGCGACGACGGACGACUUCGGGUGGUACAAGCUGGAGAUCGACCAGGACCACCAGGAGGAGAUCUGCGAGGUGGUGCUCAAGAAGAGCCCCGACCCGGCGUGCGCCGAGAUCGAGGAGCAGCGCGCCCGCGCCCGCGUCCCGCUCACCUCCAACAACGGCAUCAAGCAGAAGGGCACCCGGUACGCCAACCCCAUCGCCUUCUUCCGCAAGGACCCGCUCAAGGAGUGCGGCGCAAUCCUCCAGAAGUACGACCUCAAGGACGCAUCCGACACGCCAUGAUCAUGUGUAUCAUAUCGAUCGUUAAGCGUCCAUCGACGACGACGACGACGUCGUCCGGCCAUCCGUUACGUACCUCGAUCGAUCGAGCAACUAACUGAACUGUCAUAUAUACAUAUAUAUGCAUAUAUGGUAGUAGUAGUAGUAGUAGGUCCCGCGCCCGGCCGGCCGUUGUUCGCCGGCGCCGGAGAAGAUGGUAGUAGCUAGCCACCAAGUGUCUUCCUCGUUUUUUGUAUUGCUUGUGUUGUGUGUAUGUAUAUGUACUCCUGCAUGCAUUCCAAGGCAACUAUACAACGAUCAGUUUCUCUUGUUGGGCCUAAAUCUGCAUGCAUGCACAGAUAAAAUGCAAGCUCUGCAAUGUUUGUUUCUGGCUUC